CCUGUCCCCGCCAUUGACUUAUAGCUUGAUCGAGGUCUCUCCCACUCCCCCGUCUCUCCGAGUGAUGGACCGAAUCGAGCAUACGUAGCUUCUUGAUUAUUUCACGAGCUCGUACUAUUGACAUGACGACCUGGUCGUUGGGCUACACGAACCUCGCUCAUCACUAGCUAGUUCUACGCACUCCCUCCUUAAAGCUGAGCCUCAGUUCCAUCUGAUGAAGCUUCUCAGUCAGAGAGAGAGAGAGAGAGAGAGAGAGAGAGAGAGAGAGAGAGAGAGAGAGAGAGAGAGAGAGAGAGAGAGAUUGAUUUUGGUACGUACGGUGCCGGGCUUGGAUCUUCUCUUCUUGUUGAUUUCAUCAGUCGUCUCAUCAGCAAUCAGUACGGUCUGUGCAGAAAACAAAACACAAGGUGAUCAAGCAGGUCUAUCGUGUCAAAAAAGAUGGACGAUUGAAUAAAAAUUCAAAUUUGACACAAGUUCGGUUGGGGGCAAGACAAGACAAAAAAGACCGAUGAUAAGCCAACCGGUCUGACUGGUUUGACCGGUACGCCGACUGGUCUGACUGGUACUCUGACCGGUCUGACUGGUGCAUCCAUUGAAUCUGAGAAUUUCUCCAAGAGCAAGAUAAGGCCGAGUUUUAUGGAACUUUUGGCCACACAUGAGAAGCAAAGAGCUACUCAGAAGAAGAAGAAACAGAGAGAACGACCAAUCGAAGCUAAGGAUAAGAAGACAUCAUCAAGAUCUUGCGAGCAAUGAGAUCCUCGUUCAUCUCAAGUGAACACGGAGCCAAAACAGGGAACAAAGAAACAUAGCGUGGAAUGUCACCAGAAGUGGAGAUGGAGCCAUCCCAUAAAGUAGAUAUCUAUGGGGAUUCACCGAAUACAAGUGGAAAGAAUAGCAGUAACAAGGAGAAGGACAGGCUACCUAUUGAAACAGACAAGCUAAAGAACCGUAUCCGAGCUUUCACUGGAUCUUUCACGGUUAUGAUUUCCCCUGUUCUCCUUGGCAUCGUGCUGAAGAAAGUUAACUUAUCUGGUGCUGGGAAGUAUCAGGGGAUACAAAGUCUUGAAGUCUUUAUUGAUUUUGUUCAAGAAUGGUUUCCCCACCUCGCAGCUGCUACUUUACAAGUUGGUAUACUGCCUUUCCUGUGCGUUAUGAUGUCAGAACCAUGCGCCAGCUACAUCGCCCCAAGGCUGCUUGCUGCGUCCAAGGUGCUGGUGUUCGUCUCCAACAUUUUGCUCAUGGUCCUUGGCUGUGGGAUUCUACUUCUCAUCCAUAAGGAAGCCUGGUUAGUACUUUCAUUAUGCUCCAUCAUGGCGGUCAGUGUUAUUGUCAUUCACAUCAUCAGUUGGUGUUGCUGCGCCAAUAAUGUUGGAGGCACCGAAGAUGACGAGGAGUACCACAAUAAACUGGAGCACUUGCUUGAGUUGGCAGCUGGUGUAACUGUCAUGAUGUUCUUGGUGCUAGAAGUAGUGGCAUUGGAAGGUUUACUUAGAAACAAUCAGGGACAAGCCGGGCUCCUGAUGCCUCAGCCUCUUCUUUCCCCCGCACCAUCGGAGGGUCCAACAGCCAAAGGACAGCAGCAGGAGACUUUCCUUGGUGGUACCUUGCUCAUCAGUUUCAUCUUCAGCACGGUUGGCGCAUUUCUCAUGAAUGUCUGGACGACCCCCCAUGUUUGCAGCAACAAUGAUGUCUUUUUUUUGAAAGACCUGGACAUUGCUGGCAACAAAAAUGUGGUCUCGACCACCAAGUUCGUGAGGAGUUUGAGCAUCAUUCUUCAGGCCCUGCCAAUCACCGCCGUGGUGAUCCUGAUCACACUGGAUGUGCUUCCGCACAAAUGGAAACCUGCAGUAUGGCUGCCAGUAUUCCCUCCAUUGAUUGUACUUCUGGUGUUGCUAGCACGUGACCAUUCCCCUAGUGGAGACAGUACCCAACCGAAGCUGAAGGAGAAGGGGCAAGCAGCAGGAGGACGAGAAGGCGGCCCGGUUGCAGCAGCAGGAGAAGCGCCAGGAAUAGGCAGCUCCUCGUCCAAUUCAGGAGAAGCACAGCAACAAAAGGAACCUCAAGAUCAUAAGAAAUCGAAGGAGCCUGACCUUCCUGAAGAUCAAAAGCCGGCCCCGCUGGAAUUGACCAAGCUUGCAUUUACGGGCUUCUUGGCUGUGGCAAUGCCGAGCGUUAAAAAUGCUUCUGUCGGCAUCCCCUCGAUAUUUUUUGUGUUAUUUACUGCAACCACCAUUCUCUUGGGCCUCUUGUGGAGGCUCCUGACGCACGAGGCCAGACCAUCCGAAGCUGUGCUCAAAGCUGCCAAUCAUGCUUCCUUCUUUGCCCAUACGUUCAUAUCCUUCGCGGGGGUUGCAUUUUGGGUGAUGGCUGUUAGUGCCAACAAGUGAUGUGAAGUCUUUACAGUUUAACAUUUUAUUUAAUGAUCUGUACUGAACAGCCAUGUAAGCAUGCAACUUUAUUUGAGGAACAGUCAUGUCAGCAGCUUGAGGAACAAUAUAAUAAUCAUGUAAGCAGAAAGGUGGAAUUACAUGCCCAAGAGUGGAAACAUCGACGUUAAUUAUUUGUAUUUUCCAUA